UUAUCUUCUGGACUUUCACCUGAAGCUCUGCAGUUUGUUAUGGUCAAUCCCGGCAGCAGGACGAAUGGACGAUGACAAGAGCCACGAUUACCAGGCAGAGGGGCGGAACCACAAGAACAAUGUGGUUAACCUGCCAAUGGAAGAUGACAGAAAUAAUAGACAGCCAAUAGGAUCGCAGGGGGCGGGGUCCGACAUGAUUUACACCAUUGAAGACGUCCCACCCUGGUAUCUGUGCAUUCUACUGGGAUUACAGCACUACCUGACGUGUUUUAGCGGCACUGUGGCGGUGCCUUUUCUUCUGGCCGAGGCCAUGUGCAUCGGUCGAGACCAAAACACCAUCAGUCAGCUGGUCGGCACCAUCUUCACCACCGUCGGAAUCACAACCCUGAUCCAGACCACCGUAGGAGUCCGGCUUCCUCUGUUUCAGGCCAGUGCGUUUGCGUUCCUGAUUCCUGCACAAGCAAUCCUUGGUCUGGACCGCUGGAAGUGUCCCAGUGAAGAGGAGAUUUAUGGGAACUGGAGUCUUCCACUCAACACGUCACACAUCUGGCAACCGCGCAUCAGAGAGAUCCAGGGGGCUAUCAUUGUGUCUAGUUCUAUGGAGCUUGUGAUUGGUCUGUGCGGGUUGCCAGGUUUGCUGCUGGAAUACAUCGGCCCGCUCACCAUCACUCCAACUGUCUCACUGAUCGGCCUGUCUGUCUUCACCACAGCUGGAGAAAGAGCCGGGUCCCACUGGGGCCUUUCAGCGCUGUGUAUUUUUCUUAUUGUGCUGUUUUCUCAGUACCUGAGAACGACAUCACUUCCUGUCCCUGUUUACAGCAGAAAGAAAGGCCUAACCUCCACCAGAGUCCAAAUCUUCAAAAUGUUUCCUAUUAUCCUCGCCAUCAUGACCGUCUGGCUCGUCUGCUACAUCCUCACUUUGACCGACCUGCUGCCGAGCAACCCCGAGCGCUACGGACACAAGGCCCGGACCGACGCCCGCGGAGACAUCAUGGCUUCAUCCCCCUGGUUCAGAGUCCCCUACCCCUGCCAGUGGGGGUUACCGGUGGUAACUGUUGCCGGGGUGUUGGGGAUGCUUAGUGCCACCAUGGCGGGCAUCGUGGAGUCGAUUGGUGAUUAUUACGCCUGUGCUCGCCUGUCUGGAGCCGCACCCCCUCCGGUCCACGCCAUUAACAGGGGAAUCUUCACUGAAGGUGUCUGCUGCAUCAUCGCUGGUCUGUUAGGGACAGGAAACGGCUCCACCUCCUCCAGUCCAAAUAUAGGUGUGCUGGGCAUCACCAAGGUAGGCAGCAGGCGGGUGGUGCAGUACGGAGCUGGUAUCAUGUUAAUAUUGGGAUCCAUCGGGAAAUUCACAGCUCUGUUCGCCUCGCUGCCAGACCCGAUCCUCGGAGGAAUGUUCUGCACGCUGUUCGGUAUGAUCACAGCAGUCGGUCUCUCUAACCUGCAGAUGGUAGAUUUGAAUUCGUCCAGAAAUCUUUUUGUUCUCGGUUUCUCAAUGUUCUUUGGUCUGACUCUGCCGGCGUACCUGGACACACACCCCACCUCCAUCAACACAGGUGUUGCAGAGCUGGAUCAGAUCCUGACGGUUCUUCUAUCAACGGAGAUGUUUGUUGGAGGUUUUCUGGCUUUUUGUCUCGACAACACAAUACCAGGCUCCAGACAGGAACGGGGGUUAGUGGAGUGGAGGUCGUCCUCGUCCUCGUCCUCCUACGAUCUUCCUCUGGGGAUGGACGCCAUCAGACGCACUCGCUGCCUCAGGUGGUUUCCCAUCAGCCCCUCCUUCACAGGUUUCUGGGCAUCUGCCACCCCCCCGCCACUCGAGGGGGAGGAAAGAGGAACGGAGGGAGCUGCUGACGUCCACCUGCCCUGUACUGAGCAGGAAUCGAACCUGUGACGUGAUUGACGUGCU